CCUGACGGUCUGACCCUAACCCUAAUCCUAACACUAACACUAGUGCUGCCACGUUGCGGGACCGUGACUCCACGCCCGGGAGAUAGCAACACCCGCGAUUGUACCCAAGCGCAAGUUCGGAACAUCAACAUGGCGGAUGCUGAGGAUCAAGUUGUAACUCACGAGGUCACAGUCAUGGAGGAGAUCGAGGACAUGGACGUCAUCGUAAUCAAUGACGGGAAGGAAGACGGGAUGGAAGACGAAGAUGGGAAGGAAGACGAAGAUGGGAAGGAAGACAAAGACGGGAAGGAAGACGAAGAUGGGAAGGAAGACGAAGAUGGGAAGGAAGACAAAGACAGGAAGGAAGACGAAAACGAGGCACUCGAUGCCGCCGAUGCGCCAUCCGGCGAAAACGGACAAAACCCAGACGAUGGAGGGGGCGGAGAGGAAGUGGAGGAGGAUGGCGGGGGUAAGACCGACGGUGUUGCCAUGAAGACGGAGAAGGUGGCGGUCGAGGAGGAACCGGAGGAGGAGCACACACGGAAGGUGUUUGUCGGUGGUCUCCGCCCGCGCACUACGGAGGAGACGCUGGAGGAAUACUUCUCCAAGUGGGGCGAGGUGGAGGACGUGAAGCUGAUGAAGGACCCGGCGACGGCGAAGUCUCGAGGCUUUGCCUUCAUCACGCUGAGAAAGGAAGCUGAGCUGGAGGCGUGCCUCAAGGAGACCCAGCCGCACAAGAUCGAUGGCAAGGUCGUUGAGCCGAAACGAGCCAUUCCGAAGGAGGGCGGCGGAGAAGACGACAGCGAGAAGGAGGCGUUCCGCAAGCUGUUCGUCGGCGGGCUCAACUGGAAGACGAGCGAGGAGGCGCUGAGGGGCUACUUCUCCACGUGGGGCAAGCUGAUGGACGUCGUCGUCAUGAAGGAGACCGGGUCGAAUCGCUCACGAGGGUUCGGCUUCGUCACCUACAGGCGGGCGGCGGAGGUCGACGACGUCAUGAAGAACCGGCCGCACACGAUCGACUGCCCGCCGGGUCAGUCGAGGUUGAAGCCGAGCCACGCCGCGAGAGGAGGUGGCGAAACGUCGACUUACCUGAUUAGGCAUAUCACGCUUAAUGGACACCAAGUAGAGGUAAAGAAAGCCUUUACAAAUAAGGGACACGACUCUGGAAAAGCAGGCGGUGGUGGUGGAGACAACCACAACGACAAUCACAGCUGGGGAGGCGGCUUCAACUCGCGCGGCGAUCGCUAUGGCGACGAGGGCUACUCCGGCGGCAGCAGCUACGGCGGCGGCCAGCGGCAACGCUUCCGCGGCCACGAGCGUGAAUUCGGCGGCGGCGGCGGCGGCGGCCACACGUGCGGCGGCUGCGGACACGACGUGGAUGAGGAGGAAAUGAUGCAUCCCGGAGGUGGCGGCGGAUACGGGAGGAGCAACGUCGCGUGCCGGUUCGACAUGGACGUGGACGAUUACUACGCGGACGAUGUGGCGGAGGAGGAGUUCCGCGGGAGGUACCGCGGCCAGGGAGGAGGAAGAGGAGGUGACGGAGGAGGAUUCGGGCAGCAAGGUCGUUUUGGAGGCGGCCGCGCCGGUGGAAUGGAGGGUGGAUAUGGAGGGAGGGGAGGCGGAAUGGGCGGCGGUUUCACGGAAUCAGGCGGAGGGUUUAGAGAGCGUAGAGGAGGCAUGGGCGGCGGUUUCCGAGAACGAGGGGGAGGAAUAGGGGGUGGCGGUUUUCGUGAACGAGGGGGAGGAAUAGGAGGUGGCGGUUUUCGAGAGCGUGGGGGAGGCAUUGGCGGUGGUUUUCGAGAGCGUGGGGGAGGCAUGGGCGGCGGUUUUCGAGAGCGUGGGGGAGGCAUGGGCGGCGGUUUUCGAGAGCGUGGGGGAGGCAUGGGCGGCGGCAGUUUCCGAGAACGAGGGGGAGGCAUGGGGGGAGGAUACCGAGAACGAGGGAUGGCCAGCGCAGGCAUGGGCAACGACGACUACAGGGGAGGAGACGGUUACGGGGAACAGGAAGACGGGAUGGGUGGUGGUUACGGAAGGCGAGGGAGGGUAGGAGGAAUGGUUAGGGGCGGCGGAGGCGGCUACAGCGGCGGCGGCGGAUACGGCGGCGGCGAGGGGCUGAGUGGCAUAGCGGAUCAUCUGAGGGGUCGCAGCAGGGCCAUGAAGCUGGGCCGACUGUUCACUCAGCGCGGCGCGGCGCCGUACGACACGAGGGGUGGAUUUGGUGGCGGACGGGGAGGCAGAAUAAGAGGCAAAGGUGGAUACCCCCGCUGAAGAGCAGUUUCAUCUGUCAGCUCCCGCAAGCCUUAACUAUCGGAUUUGACAGCCCCGACUCUUGCCGUCUCUCUCUCGUUGUUUUAGACGGGAGACGGUUGAUGAAGUUUAGUCUGCCUAGCGGUAGCUCUCAUCGUGAAGCUCUCAGAUAAGCAGCAUCUCGUAACCAUGGUAACUCGCCCAGGAAGUCAGCGUGUCCGUGUGAAUACGUCGUAGUAGCGAAAAACGCGUAGUACGGAAUUGUGACUUGUCGUGUAAACAAGAAUGUCACUUGUCAAGGUAGCUGGUGAAGAAAGGACGGUAGUAUUUAAAAGUGAAUGCUCUUCUAUUUAGUUGCACAGUUGAAUAUCUUAUGGAUAGUACGUUCAGUUAUCCCCAGUUAUAUCUUAUUUGUUCAGUCAUAUUGGUGUUAAAAAUAAAUUUGAAUAUAUGUACUGUGUAAGAAAGUAUCUAGGACGCCUUGUAAUGACAUGAGAGAGGUGUAUGACUUUUGAAAAGAACAUUUGCAGUUAAAGUUUAGGGCGUGAAAGUUUAGAUGUGAUAAUCAGCAAAAUCAGAUGAGGAUCGAGUGUAUAUAUAUAUUGUCAUCAGAGCUGCGGUUUUGACAACCACAAAUGAGUGGAAUUUAUUUCUCAACGUCAUCGAACUCGAUGAAGUUCAGUUUAGGACGAACAAACAAAGGUCAAGCAGUGUUUGAUAGUUGUCUAAUGGUGUUGACACGUCAUUCUCGUGCGCACGCGUUUUGAUUAUGAUUAUUGAACAUAGUUGUCCACCAUGAUACGUGCUGACACUAGCAGCAGUAUUACUUCUGAGUGUUUUGUAUAACUUCCUCCAUCUCACAUAUAUCUCUUGUAAGACUCGUGUAGAUGUUUUAAUUAUGAGCUUCUGUACGUCUCAGUGUUCAUCUAACAUCUGUGUAAUAUCGAAGAUUUAAUUGUGCCCCUACGCGCGUUUGUGCGUGUCUGUGUGGUUUUAAUACGUAUUUGCGUUUGUGUUUAUAUUAAUACGCGAUGCUUAGAUGACGAUGAUCACGUUUUAAGUGUUAUUGAGUAGGAAAUAAAUAUUGGGAUACAUUCCAGUA